AUGGCUUCACUUCGGUCCAUCAUCGACCAUGCGGUCCUCCCUCCUAAGAUACCUGGAGAAAGAGAGGACAACUACGAAGAAAUCUCGAGUGAGCUUCUCAAGAGACUUCUCAACGCCUGCGAAACAGUGCGGCGUGUGGCUGGCCCACCGUUCGCCGAUGCCCUUGACACUCUGAGCGAAUCCCUUCAAGCAUGUCGAAAUUUGAAUCAAGGACGGCUUGACAAAAAGACAAUGCUACGAUACCUCAAGCAGCUUCAGCCAAAUACCGUUCUAAUUUGUUACGUUGUUGAGCAAAAUGCUGCAGUUCUCAUCAGACGCGAAAGCGAUCAAACCAACGGACAAUCCGUCGUUAUCGAAUCCUUUGAAGCCUCGCCAGUGACCGAGCAAGUGCUGGCCGCCGAUAAUGCCCUUCUAUGGGAUUUCCCAGGGCGCGCUGUGCGUUUAAACCUUGCCGAGUUCAACGACGCCAAACUGCAGAGGAAUCUUGCUGCCUUUCUUGAGCAGGCCAGUAUCGAGGCUAUUCAUAAUAUACAGGCUCAGGCAAAAAAGGCGCAGGUGUCUGUCGCCGAGAUUCGUGACACCUCUGAUCCAGCUCUCAUCACCCAGAUGCUCAUGGUCCUUCUUGAGGCCAUCGGCGAAUCGAUCAAUGUUCCUAAGCUCAGGAAGAGAGUCAGGGACGAUGUCAACUUUGCAAUAAAAGCCUCGUUGCCGUGGAGAAGAUUGCCUUUCUGGCUGGUUUUGCGAGUGGCAGCUCAGAGACACCUUCACCUUGCUCUCGGCAAAUCGGGGAGGUCGUGCUACAAGCUGUUGAUGUGCACCUUCUUUUCCGAAUUGCUUCAAGACACUUCGGCUAGGCUUUCUAUACUCAAAGGUCUUGAGCCUGAUCUGGUUAUUACCCUUCGAACAAAGCUGUGUCGUCGCAUGAUAAAGCUGCAGAAGGAGAAGGCCGAUAUAUCGUUGACAGAGAAACACCUUUUCGAAAGUGUUUUCUGCAGCAUUGUCCCCAGUAUUGAAUCAUCAAUUCGACAUGCAACCAAUAGCGUCGAAAAACUGUGGAAAGAUUUCAAGGACAAGACGAAUCGGCGUGUCCAUAAGCUGCACGCAAAGGCUUCAGAGGAUUCCCUGCGACUGUCACUUCCGAAUAGUGGCGACUAUCUUGACAGUCUCUUGGCAAGACACAGCACCGUUUAUUCACUCUCCAGCAGAAUGUCGCUAGGCGUGCCUGACCAUCUAGACAAACCAAUGCAAGAAAGGCUGGCCUUUACGCAGAAAAUAUCUACAUUGGCUCAACUGGAGUUGAACGUUGAGAGAGAUACCCGACCGGCACCAGCCGUUCUGCACGAAGCGAGAGGCCGCUGCCAAAAGCUCGCCAGCGAUAUCCACGACAUGUUCAAUCAAGUGGGCGAUCUCUACAAUGGAGACCCUAUCCAACAGAGCAUCAAAAUACUCUCCAUCUUUGAACUUUGGAUGCGAAUGGAUGAGUGUGCCAUCGUGUGCUGUCCACUACUGGCCAGCUACUCCCCGAUGUUCGCACCACAGAUGCUGGAUGCCCUUCAGCUACCUACCCUGGCUGGCAUGAGACGAUUACAAGUUGUCCAAACGUAUCUUGCCAAACGACAGACAAAGGCUGAGCACGCCCAUAUUUUACGCAAUCUAGGAAAAGACAGCUUUGCCGUGCAAUAUAUGUGCCAGUCGGAGAAUAUGUUGCAGCUAAUGGAUCGCAUCCAAGACGCUUCGGAUAAUGACCGUGCAGCCAAGGAGGCGACUUGGAAACACCAAACGGACGAAUACAAGAAUUACACUGAAAAGAUCAACAACUUGAGUUGUCUGUGCACAUGGGAUGGCAAUAACAAUGCUCGCGAUGUCUCCAAAUGCACAAGAUGCUUAUAUCGGCGCCGUCGAAAGCGGCUUCAAGUCAAAGUUCACGAAGAUUUCCUUCCAGAGGAUGAAUUCAGAAGGCAAUCGAUUAUUUUUGAGCUUGGUAUGCCGCAAUAUUUGUCCGUAUACCGCAAUGCAACGUGGAUAAUCCUGAGAGAUUUGGCGCAUCCUUCUCAACAAUCGUCCACUGCGCCUCAUACGACCCUACACAAAUGCCCUCAGCUUCAAAACUUUAUGACGGCAGACAGCAGCUGCCUCUCGUUUGCAUCUAUUAAAAAGUGUUUCACCGAGACGCACUAUCAUUUUAAUAGUGGCCUGGUUCCGCUCGGGAAGAUACUCUUGCCGUUCGCUGCGGAGUUUUAUCUAUAUGAUCACAGUGCAAAAGUUUGGGUGUCGGAUCUCAACAAGCCUCUGACUUUGCAGCAUCUUUGCGGAGUACAUAUUCCAUUGGGGCUCUCUAGUACUGUGAUCAAACCGCAAAUACAUCCGGCCUCUGAUUUCGAUGGUCCAUCAUCUUACGAGACUCAAGCCAAUCUCACCAAAUGUCCUGCCAAUCUGUCCGCGGCUGAGUUUUCAACAUACCAGAAACUCCUUGCGGGUAAAACGCGUCGCUGGUUAAACAUUCUUGUUGAAUUGGGUUCCUACAAUCUCAACUUCAGCAGCGAGGAUACUACUCUGCUGCUCUCUCAGCUGGCCAUUCAGGCUGGCCCCUGCCUUAAGAAGGACAAGGGAGUUCUCAGAUCUGUUCAUGCAUUCAUGGAAGAACGGGAGUUCGUCAGCAGCUUGAUGGAGCAAAUCAAAAAUAGGCUGGCAUCUAUCCACAGCAACUGGAGAGAAACAAACUGCAUGGAGCUGCUGAUCAACUUGAGUUUGCGAAUCUUCUCUCUAUCGACUGAUGGCGAGAUGAUCUCUCAGUCGCUACUUUUACUCAACUCAGCUCGAGUAGCAACCUUGGAAUGGAUCUCACAGUUGCAAACAGAAUCUAGAAAGACACAGGAUGGAGCAGUGGCUAGUCGCAUGGCCACGUAUGGUCUAAAAGCAGCCUUGCUUUGUCGCCGAACUUUCGAAACGCACAUCGAAUCCAAAGCGAGCCUCUCGUCGUUGGACCUUUCAGCUUGGGUCAGAGCAUCGGUAGCACUGAAUGAGAAUUUGACAGGUCAGAUUAACAGUAUGCCAAUUUUAAUAAGAAACAUGAUGAUUCGGGAUGCUAAGAUGGCUUACCGUUUGGAAAAUCUGCUUCACACUGCUGUCAAAACUCACUGGGGAAUUCUCGAAGAGGCGCUUGGAAUCAAUGGCCCAAGUCCGACUGACCAUAAGGCACAAAUUGAAUCCCCUUGGAAAAGCUUUCCAAAUUCCCAUUGGAUAGAAUAUGUCAAGACUGAGUCAUACGGAUGCUCGCAAAUCAAGCAAGUGUUCCACCUGAAUAUUGUGGAAGGAUGUUUUCUUGUGAAUGGAAAACCCCGUGGAAGUCUUCCUUCUGAAAUGCGCGAUGAUCCGGCAGUUCGACAUCUUUUCGGAACUCGCAAUCUAUUUGUCUAUCCUUCGUCUAUCCCUGGCAUGACACAUAAGCUUGCAGAUCCCGUUGGAGACUAUUCUAUUCAUUUUGGCAUGCACGAUUCCCAGAUUCAUAUCCGAGCGUUGACACGGUCCAAUGACCAAUAUGAGUUCAUUCAUAACUCGGUAUUUCGAAACUCGAACAAUGGUUCUUUUGAUUUACCAGCAAGCUUGUUGGAAAACUGUGUCCACUGGCUAGAUCUAAGGAGGGGAAUUGUUGAGAUCCGCCGAAAACCCUGGGUUCGGCAGAUGCGAGAUUGGCUCCUUGAUGUUCGAAAACGAUGCGCAACUCGUAACGGAAAAUCGAAGCUAGUUGAUCCAAGAUCCCCUGAGUUCAUGCAAAUAUCUAGAGUAUUUGAACAUUUUGAGUUGCCGGGAAAUUUGACAGUCUUUCAACCCCUGUCUCUUAGAGGGAGAUUAUCAGUUGAGCUUCAUCACUUAGACCUGUCAUUUCACGUCAAUCAAGUCGGCGGACUCUAUAGCCGUGAACUCAAGGCUUCUAUUGACUUUGAUCAGGAUGUUGGUACAUGGUAUGGGCUUGCCAGCAAGAUUGUGAUACGGGAUGCUGGAGAUCCAAGCAAAAGAGGUGUCAUUGUACCUAUUGGAGAGAUGAGGUGGAAGCGCAACGAUAUCCACAUAUUUGUUGAAUUGAGUACUUCCGAUGGAUAUUGCCGAUUUGAGAUUGACGACAUCGUUGGUCGACUGUUAUCGCCACCAGAGCGCCGCUUACUACUUUUAAAAGCCCAAUUACAUGCCCUGACAUCCUUCUGCUUGCCGGAUCCCUUGACAGGGCGAACUGGCACGGAGGAAGCUAUUCAAACUCUCCGAUCAGGUGCUGCUCAACCAUGGGCUCCAUUUGUCCAAGGUGAUUUACAAAAAUUUGCCAACCUUCUCCCUCAACGGGAAUACUACCCCCAAAACCUGAGGCGGAUGCAAAGGGUAACUUGGGACCCUUUCCUGACGACAACCAUCCAAAAUGAUGAACUCGAGCAAGUAAUUAGGCCCAUUGAGGCGAGAUUCAAUCGAUUGGCAAAGUUUUCUUCAUCUGAAUUAGAGCCAGUCAACUCUGUCGGAGACUUAUCUCAGCUUCGUCACCGAGCACAAGCACGCCGCCAGCUUUACGAACGUCCAAACAAGGACACAGCAAGUUUCAGUCAAAUGGACCAUGUUUACCUACCUCGUGAUAGGCUCUCAACCCGCCGAGGCGAUAGAGUCUACCAAAUUACCAAGCUUGUUUGCGCUUCCGAGCCGUGUUUGAACAUGAGCAGCACCUUAACGAAAAUUCUUGCGAGUUGGGAUACAAUUGGGGGCUUCAGUGAUGACGGAUCUUCAUCAAGUGCCCAGCCACUCGUUAGCCAACUUGAGGAUCCCAUUGAUUUACGCUGGGGAAGCUUGGUUAACAUGUGCCGUAACCAACAAGACAGAUUUUCGUGGGCCUUUCAACUAGGCUUACUAGCUUUCAGCCCUGAUGUUAGCAUGGACCUUCUGAUGUCGUUUGUUGCAUUCUGUCGCAUCAAGGAGAUUCGCCGAUUGGAACCUCCGCCGCAUGCUACAUUCUCCCGCUUAAACGACCGUGGUCCACCUUCGAUUGAGGUUCUUGAAGAACUCAUUUCCAAAGCCAAUCUUCCUCUGCCAAAGAUAAAGCGGAGGAGGGAGAGAACUGAUGAAGAGAAAGCAGCUCACCAGAAAAUGUUGGAAGAACGAGGCAAAGAGCUCGCUAAGCUCGUUCUGGAUAAAUGGCCUCAUCUUCCACCCGAGAGUCGUUUAACCAGUCCAGAGUUCAUUGAUGUUGCGCUAGCUUUGCAGAAUAUCCGACCAGAGUGGGAUCGCAGGCGUCAUAACGAUGAGCUGUUUGCCUAUGUUACCAAAGUUGAUGCAAUUCUGUGUCAACAUCAAGGGGCUCUAUCAAAAGAACGGCCACAAGAAUGGAUCAAAAGUGACCCCCAGUUUAUUGGUAGGAACGUUGGCCGCUUAAUUCCUUCUCUCUCACAGGACUUGGUGACAAAAACUGGCCCAGAGCUCAAAUCGUUCAAGAGUGGGCUUUCCGCCAAAGCAUUUGCAGAGGGGUCGUCGACUUGUGACAACCACAGAGAGCAGCAUGAAUUCCCGAAAGAAAUUCUUGAACUAGAGGGAAUUCUCACCUUGUUCGCCCAAUCACCUAAUGAUCUUCGACAGAGCUAUAGCAAAGAUUUGUUGAGCAGCAUGGCGGCCUUCAAAACUACCUACCAAGAACCGCGCAUUGGGUCAACUUGGUCCAAUCCCCAUGAAACGACCGUUAACAAUGCCAUUUUGAGAAUAAAGUCACUAGCAGCCCACCAUAUUGAUUCAAUCCAAGAUGCAUUUUGGGUAGCUGACCCAAGCUUUAAGUGGCUCAAUAUGGGCAACCUUUUGCCAUGCUCAACACCUGUCGAGUUGCUUGAGCUUUUGCAAUCCCGGAUGAAUAACCGAUUUGGACCUAGAAUGAAGAAUUCCCUGAUUGUCUAUGGAUGUGUAAUCGCUGAGUUUCAGCGACUGAGACGGCUGCGAACUGCUAUUCUUCGAGAGGACCAGCGCGCCAUUGAUGAAGAACUUCGAAACACUGGCCACCAGAACUGGGAUCCCCUGAAGGAAAAUCCAGAUUGGCUGCUUCUCGAGAUUGACAGCAACAUCCUUAUUCGUACAGAUCAGGUGGAUGUUGCGCGAGCUAUCAUCGACCCAGCCUCGGGUGAAAACAGCCUGGUGCAAUUGAAUAUGGGCCGAGGCAAAACUUCUUGCAUCAUGCCUAUGGCAGCAGCUGUUCUGGCCAACGGGAACAAUGUCUCUCGACUUGUCGUUCCAAAGGCGCUCAUAAUGCAGACAGCCCAGAUGAUGCACUCAAGACUGGGCGGCCUCGUAGGGAGAGAAAUCUGUCACAUACCAUUCUCUCGACAGACACCAACAAGAGAUGAUGUGCUUGCGGCAUACUAUGAACUACAUAGAGAAAUUCAAAGUUCACGAGGCCUGAUUUUGACGAGCCAUGAAUACGUCCUAUCUUACAGACUGUCUGGACUGCAGCGACUCGCUGACAACAAGCUGGAUGAAGCUGAGAAAAUGAUCAUUUUUCAGAAAUGGCUAGAUGCACACUGCCGUGACAUACUAGAUGAGUCGGAUUUCACUCUUUCGCCGAAAACUCAGCUCAACUAUCCCAGCGGCCUAGAAAGGGCAGUGGACGGAGAUCCCUUCCGGUGGCAGGUUGCACAGGGCCUACUUUCCAUGGUAGCUGAAUUCAUGCCGCAACUGGAGGCCAACUUUUCAGGAAGUAUCGAGGUUGUUGCUCGAUCUUGUUGGUUUCCUUCUGUACAAUUCCUGAGAAGCGAUGUUGAAGAUGAGCUUCAUCGACUCAUAGUCGAUGGUAUUGCCAAUGGCAAAGCGCCAUUCCUUCACCAAGACAAGGUAAUCAAUGAGAAGGCACGAACAGCUAUCAAAAGAAUCCUCACGGAAGAAACCUUUGAUCGCCAAUUGUUUGAUAGAGCUAGCAACGCCUUCAACCACCCAAAGAGCGCAAUGACGAAGCUAUUGGUUGUACGAGGUCUCAUUGUUCAUAAAAUCUUAAUUCUCUGUCUUGGGAAGAGAUGGAAUGUCCAGUAUGGCCUUCAUCCGAAGCGGUCUCCCGUCGCAGUUCCCUUUGCGGCCAAAGGAGUCCCGUCAGAGCUAUCAGAAUACGGCCACCCGGAUGUUGCUAUCGUAUUGACAUGUCUGAGCUUUUACUCAGCCGGACUAUCCUACGAGCAGCUUCGACAGGGAUUGCAGCGCGUGCUGACCUCGGAAGAUGCCGCGCUAGAAUACGAGCGAUGGAUUUCAGAGUCGAAUUUGCCUCCGGCCCUUGAAUCGUGGAAUCUCAUCAAUGUGGAUGAUGAGAUGCAGAUGCGAACUCUUUGGAACUAUCUGCGAAAGAAUCGAAUAGUGACCAACCACUAUAUGAACAAUUUUGUUUUCCCGCUUCACGCGCGACAGUUUGCCGUUAAACUUCAAGCUUCGGCAUGGGACGUGCCCCUCCAGUUGUCGAAGAUGAUUCCUGGUGCGCGGACAACAGGUUUCAGUGGAACAAACGACAAUCGAUACAUGCUUCCUAUGACUAUCCAACAAGAAGAUCUCCCCGGCUUGCUUCAGACAAACGCCGAGGUACUUUCGUAUCUGCUGAAGCGCCGUAAUAGAGAAUAUGUAGUCUUGACUGAUUACGACGGUCGGCGCCUCACUGAAAUCGAUAUGUUGAAGACGCUUCAUAGUCGAGGAAUCAAGAUCUUAAUCGAUGCCGGAGCAUAUAUUCUUGAGACAGGAAACAGAGCUCUGGCCCAGAUGUGGUUUUCGAUUGAUAACGGAGCACAGUCAGCUGUUUACUUUCGAGACGACAACAGGCCUUGGGUUGUAUUCAGAGAUGCAGCGAAACACGAUAUGCCGUUGGUAGCGACACGGCUUGUAAAUGACCUCACAGACUGCUUUGUCUAUUUCGAUGAGGCUCAUACCAGAGGAGUAGAUCUGAAGCUGCCUGACACGGCGCAUGCGGCUCUGACUUUAGCAUUGAAGCAGACCAAGGACAACACUAUGCAAGCGGCCAUGCGCCUUCGACAACUUGGCACCACGCAAUCCGUGACGUUUUUCGCCCCUCCGGAGGUUGAUAUGAGCAUCAGAGAUAUUUGUCAAAAGUUCGAUCACUUUUCAGCUCAGCGAAAAAUCGAGUCUCCUGAUGUCAUCUUCUGGCUUCUGGAACAAACCUGUAGGACCAACGAAGAUUUGCGACCACUUUUCUUGGCCCAAGGGAUGGAUUUCUGCAGGCGUUCGAGUGCAUUGUUGCAAUACCCACAGUUCUUGAGCUCGGCAUCUUCCAGAUCCAAACUGCUCAAGCUUUUGCAGCAGUCGGAGCAUCAGACCCUUGACCAGCUGUACGGAGCCUCCUCGAAUGGAACGUCAUCAAAAUCGAUUGGGCCUCUACAGUCCCAACGACUCCAGCGGUUUGCUGAUGUAUUGGGAGGAUAUGGUGACGUCGGUAUCUCUCAGAUCGAAGCCACAGGCGAAGUAGAGCAAGAGCGACAAAUUGAGAGUCAGGUUGAGGCAGUGCGCGAAGUGCAGAAGCCCAUUCAAUACCAAGCCCUCAAGUUCCCCGGCCUGAAACCAAGCAUCUUGAAUUUCCUACAAACCGGAGUUUUGGACUCAACUGACGGCGAAAUCAUCCAUGCCCUCGACUACAUUGGCAAGACGAUGGUGGGUAAAAAGUUUGCGGUCCGCAGCACAAAAUCUGGACUCUUCAUUUCGCGAGAGUUUGAUCAGACUAUUGUGUUGCCCAAGUUAGAUAAGAAUGCCGGCGAUCGCUUUUUGCGCCCUGUGGAAUGGAUUCUCUGGAGUCCGUCUACUCAUACUGCCUUAGUGAUUAUCCCAGAAGAAGUUGAGCUUCUUCUUCCGAAACUUCGACAUGCCCCAGACGAAGCAAAGGUGCACUUGAUCGCCUACGCGGCUCCUAUUACGCGAGCCAUGGUUCCCUUCAACCAGCUCCAAUACUACUCACUUCCACCCAUUCCUGCUCAUUCGACGUUUCCUGCAUGGCUCAAGAUCGAGCUCGGCAUCGUAGCAGGCCGGCUCUACACGGACUACGAAGAAUGGAAGCUUGUGGGUGACUAUAUUGGAGACUCGCGCCAUGGAAAUCUCAGCCCUGCGUUCCUCCUGGAAUGGCUCGGUGUCCGUUGCAGAGCUCAUGAUGUGCUCCAUACUCCCAUGGGAUACAUUUGCCUUGGCCGAACAGCGACUGCGACUCACCCAUUCUUUGUUCGAAACACGUCUAUGAUCACUCCUGUGCUUACGCCCGUCCAGGCUGAAGAUGCUGUCAAGGAGAUCGAGUAUGAGUUUGAAGAAGAAGAAGAUAUAACUGACGAGGAAUGA